GAUUCGGGUUAGCUGAGUAAGCUAUUUAUUCUGAAAUUUAGCUGUCCUCUGUACAGUGUGCUGUGCUGUUCAAACAUGGAAACACUGGGCUUGCUCUCAGUGGCUGUGACAUUGUUUUACAUGCUGCUUGGCGAGAGGAUGGUCAAUGUGAGAAAAAUGUAUCUGGCAUCCCGAGAGCCUGUCAAGAAUCACCUACCUAACUGUGUACUGCUGAAGAAUCUGAAUAAUGGUUCAGAGGAUAUAACGGUCUUUGGAGAUGGACUCGCUUUUAUCAGCACUGGUUUAAAUUACCCCGGAGUUCCAUCUUCUGAUGCUCCCGGUAAGAUCUUCCUCCUGGAUCUGAAGGAGUCCAACAUGGAACCAGUGGAGCUGCCCAUAUCGAAGAACUUUGACCUGGAGACGUUCAACCCUCAUGGCAUCAGUGUCUACACAGAACCAACCAAUGGCACAGUGUACUUGUUUGUUGUGAAUCAUCCUCACCACAAAAGCCAAGUCGAAUUAUUUGAAUUUGUGGAGAAAGGAUUCUCCCUGCUGCAUCUUAAGACCUUCAAACAUAAACUCCUUCACAGUGUAAAUGAUAUCGUGGCUUUGGGGUUGGAUCGAUUCUAUGCCACCAAUGAUCACUAUUUUUCAGAUGAACUUCUGAAAACUAUCAUGGAGCCGCUUCUGGGUCAACCUUUGUCUAACGUUGUGUACUACAGUACAGACAUGGUCAAAGUGGUCUCUGUGGGCUAUUAUUUUGCUAAUGGCAUCAACAUUUCACCCGACAAAAGGCAUAUUUAUGUGAUGGAUAUUCUGGGCCAUAAUCUGCACGUGUUUGAGCGGAAAGAAGAUAAUGCGUUGGCGUUUGUGAAGUCCCUGGCUUUGGGUUCACUAUGUGACAACAUUGAAGUUGACCCAAAAACAGGUGACCUGUGGUUAGGCUGUCACAUCAACCUCAUGAGAAUUUUCCACUUUGACCCUAAAAAUCCACCUGGAUCAGAGGUCAUCCGCAUCCAGAACAUUCACUCGGACGUGCCAGUAGUGACUCAAGUGUAUGCCGAUGAUGGUCACGUGAUUAUGGGCUCAUCUGUCGCUACGAUCUAUGGAGGGAAAUUGAUCAUUGGAACAGUGUUUCAUAAAGCUUUAUGCUGUGAUUUAGAUUAGGGAGGAAAUUGCCUUUAAAAAAAAAAAAACAGACUUGAAAAAUAAUUUUAUGAGACAAAAUAUUUGUAAUUCUCGUCUUCCUGUAAAAAUGUAUGUUGAUAGAACUUCAUGCAGAUUAGCCUGAGAUACAAAAACACAUUUUGGAGCAAAUCAUAAUGCAACACAAUACAAAAAAUAAAAAUGAAUAGUGCAUUUCACAACAGCUGUAACAACACGCUUUUACCAUAAUGAUACAAUCACAAAAACAAACAAAAAAACUACAUUAACACUCAAAUUAAUGUACAUUGAUUGUAAUAGGUAGACAAGAAUGGAACAAUAACAGCAAAUAAAUUACACCAAUUGUAAAACACAUUACAAAUACAUUCCUGAGUAUCACUAGCAAUGAAAUGUAACAGAAGUACAACAUUCAUCAGUGUGGUGUAGAAAAAUUGGAGCCAUAAAUUUGAACCAAAGCAGAGAUUAUGUCCAACUGAAUAUCAUCUCUUUGGCACAUAUGCUGGAUUAUUUCUCCAAAACAUUCAGUACAAUUUGAAUCUUUAGCCCUUUUCAUCCUUAUUAAGUAAAGUGUCUUCUUCUUCUACUUUUGAUAUUAUAAACCGAGGCAAACCAUCACUUGGCUGUGUGAUUUCUUCUUGUGUGCUUCCUGAGGCUGGCACAGUAAAUAGUAUAAUGUCACGGUUUGGUGAAUCUUGAACUUCAUCUAACGUCUCAUCGGUUUCCGAUUGCUCGGCUGGUUCUUUUGUCGUGGAAGUUUCUUGGUCAACAGAUUGACUCUCUCUGGCUUGGCAAGCGUCAUUCGUUGGGUUGAUGAACACUUCGCUGAUGCUCAACAAAUAUCUGUGUCGCGGCGAGUGAUCCAGCGUCUCGAUGUUGGUGGUCACAAUGUCGCUGCAGCUUUUGGAGCGAUUGAAAAGGGCAGCGGAAUUUGGUUUUUCGCUUUUGCCAAUCUCCUUGAUGACCGUGCUGUAGUCUUCUCCCUUAUCCGAUAAGAAGCUAAAAAUAUCAACGACGGUCGGCCUGUCGCCCGACUCGGGCGUGUUUUUUUCGGACUCCGGUUCGCGGUCGAGGAAGGGUCGGCGUUUGUGUCGUCUUUUCUUCAGCACCUUGUGAGCCUCCACGACCAUGUUUACGUUCCAGCUGAAGAACAGAGACAGCCACGCCAGUCCCAUGUAGAUCCAUAG